AUGUCAAACUUCAGCGCAUCAGACUUCGAUCUCCCUGGCUUCGAUCUCCCAGACUUUGACGUCCCGGACUUUGACAUGUCAAACUUUGGCCUGUCAAGCUUUGCCAUGAACGAACCUUGCAUGAUGAAUUUCGACAACCGAGCUAAUGGAAAUGCGCUGAACGCAUUCCAAUGGCCUGACGAAGGCAAUCUCAUGGCCGAGUUUAUACAUGGAUCUCCGGAUGCCUCACCCGUUCUUGCACAGUCGCCUUUUCAGGUCGACCUCGAUAUUAUUGACGAUUUGGCGGUAGCUCCUGCCAGUAAGGAAUGGAUGUUUGACGUCAUGCUCAACGACGUUGUUCCUUACCGGUAUCACGACCAUUUACGCCUCUUUCCCGACAUUGAGUUUUACCGAACGCUGUUGUACAAUCGCCCGAACCGCGAUGUGAUAUGGGGUUUUGUUACGCGAUUCCACGAGUGGAUCUCAAGUGUUGCGGCAUCAUCUCCUGACCAGGCCGACGAAGUCGUUACUGCCUUGCAACAUCGUGCCUUGUUCCAUGGCUGGCCUGGCACAAUAAGCACCGCUACUGGUUCUGAAUCACACUCAUCCCAAGCCCCUUCCACCCAGCAUCAGCAAGACCUAGUCUCACCAUCGACUUCAGCGGUUCCGACACCAGUAGUUGUUUCAGCUCAAGGGAGCAAAGCUGCGUCUCAGCUCCCGGUAACAACUGAACAUCAGCAUGACUUACUGAAGGUAGAAUUAAUCGUUGCCCCAGUGUUCCAGUACAAAGGGAUCAUAGCGAGUAUGGACCACUUCACAGAGCUGAACGAUGCGUAUGAGCGGCAUGUGAAGCGUGAGGCCGGUGCAGCCCCAGAAGACGAUGUAUCUUGGCCUGUGUCUGCCGAACAGCAACAAAGCUAUGUACAGAAGCUUUUCGGUUGUAUUACGGACUUGGACGACUUUUUCGAGCUCAGAAAGGCUCGAGAGCGCCUCGGCAACAUCCAAAAGACUCAACAAGAAACUCUCGCAGCUGAGCCCGUGGAGAACCAACGAAAGAGGCGCAGGGGCCCCGAUGGACAGACUGUCAGCUCCGAUCCUGCAGCCAGGCCCAAGGGUAUGAGCAAGACGGAUUGGGCCCUCAUAGAUGAGAAUAGCACGCCUGUGAGUCUUCUGGAGGCAGUGAUACAUCAUCGUAUCUCUGCCAUUGAGGUCGAAUUGCUUUGUUGGCGACUGCUGCGCUGUGCUAUGGAACAGCAAAAAGGAUAUACGAUGAGACCUCUGUGGUCCGGAACGAGAACUGUAUCCACAUGGGAGCACUUCGGAACGUUUUCAGAACGGUGGCAAUCCAUCUGCAAUAAUCUUCAGGAUUGCAAGAUGAUAGUUCACUCGCUCACGCGUGCAGACUGGAUCUGCAAGUACGCGGGCGCGCCAUCCAAAGAAAGAGGUGCGAAGCUUAGCAACGACCUCCUCAAUGGCCGCCGAGAUAUACAAAACCAAGUUGGCCGGGAUGUAAUAAAAGAAAAGACUUCUCAGCAGGCUUGGACAACGUCGGACAACUUUGAGAUUCGCGACAAAGAUGGUGAGCUCAUUUCAAAGGGAGGCCAUUUAGGCGACAAGAAACGUCGACAACUAGCUCUCAGAAGCAGGGAAAACAAUGGCCAUUGA